AUGGCGCCUUCAAUCGUUCAGGCCGCCGUCUCGUUGAUGUUCGCAGGUGCCGCGUUGGCGACAUUGGAUUCUGGAUCUGGAUAUGCGGCCAUCUUGGACAAGAGAGUGGUGCCUUCAACCCUCCCAGGAACAUGGACAUACCAAGGAUGCUAUACGGAAAAUGGACCACGAACCCUCCAGAAGGCAUCAUAUGCCAGCGCCACGAAUAUGACCAUUGAGUACUGCAUUGGGUUCUGUAACCAGCAAGGGUAUUUCUACGCUGGAACGGAAUACUCAUCCGAGUGCUACUGCGGAAACGUAAUUGCAUCCAGCUCUGCCAUUGCACCAAGCACAGAUUGUGCUAUGCCAUGUACUGGCAACUCUACUCAGACUUGCGGUGGAGGAUCCAGACUAUCUCUAUAUUGGAACGGACAGAGUCCGCCACCCGGGCCAUCGACAAAUCCAGGGACGUCUGGAUAUGGAUUUUACGGCUGCUACACUGAGGGAGAUGGCGGACGCGCACUUACAACCGGACCGGUGACUACUCCCGGCGGAGGAAGCUCAAUGACAAUUGCUGUCUGUGUUGCUGCAUGCAAUGCCGCCGGUUUCUCAAUGGCUGGCGUUGAAUAUUCUCAAGAGUGCUAUUGCGGCAACUCCAUUCAACACGCCGCUGUGGAAGCCCCCGGUGGUCUCUCCGAUUGUAACAUGCUCUGUCCCGGCAAUACCACAGAAUUCUGUGGUGCAGGUAACAGAUUGGAUGUUUACAAGAAGGGCUACACAGGAUCGCAAUCCACAGUUGCAACUGUGAUUGCCUCAUCAACGACCACCCAAUCGUCAACCAGCUCCAGCAGCUCAGUUGUUCAGUCCAGCUCGUCAAGCAAAGUAGUUUCUUCCAGCUCUAGCAGCUCAGUUGUUCAGUCUAGCUCGUCAAGCAAAGUAGUUUCUUCUAGUUCGACGACGGCAAAUCCGCCCUCUGUCAGCUCUUCUGCAACCUCGUCCUCGACCUCAUCAAAAGUAUCGAGCAGUUCAAGCUCCCCUUCAGUGUCACAAUCAUCUAGCACAGUCGCGACGGUAUCAUCGACAAGCACAAGUGCAACAGCUGUACCCACGCUUCAUAUUGUUCCAUCGGUAGGUAACUAUGUGUAUCACGGCUGUUACACCGAGGGGACUGGUGUUCGUGCCCUCGCCCCUGGCUUUUUUGCCUCAGAUACCAUGACCGUCGAGAGCUGUGCCGCGAGCUGUGCUGCUUACACUUAUUUUGGUGUCGAGUAUGGCCGUGAAUGCUAUUGCGGAAACGCUCUAGCGGCCAGUAGUGUUGUUGCACCUGCAAAUGAUUGCAGCUUUACCUGUGCUGGUAAUGCAUUGGAGUAUUGCGGAGCUGGAAAUAGACUCAAUGUCUAUGUCAAGAAUGGAACGGUUGUCCCAACAUCUACUAAGCCAACCAAUACUGGAACUACGACAGGUUCUAGCUCGACAGUCUCUCAGACUUCCACCGCGACCGGACUGCCUGCAGGAUGGAAGUAUGAUGGUUGUUAUAGUGAAGGGAAGAACGGCCGGGCACUUACCUUCCAGCAACCCGGUGGUGCUGGCAACACUAUCGAAAGCUGUAUCCAGACCUGCAUUGGUUUGGGCUAUACAGUGGCAGGAGUGGAGUAUUCGACUCAAUGCUUCUGUGAUAAAUUCCUUUACAAUGGCGCCGCGCCUACCGACGAGUCUAAGUGUGCCAUGCCCUGCGCCGGAAAUGACAAGGAGAUAUGUGGCGGUCCAGAUCUGCUCAAUCUUUACCAUACUGGAAACCUUACAGCUUACAAAGCACCAGGCCCUCAAACGACUGGACUUCCAGGUUCUUGGGAGUAUCAAGGUUGUUAUUCUGACAACGUCAACGAUAAAAGGGCACUAUUUUGGCAAAGUAUUUUGACCACGAACAACACUGCCACAUCCUGUCUCGAUCUUUGCGCUGAAUAUGGCUUCAUGGCUGGUGGAAUGGAGUACGGCGACGAGUGUUUCUGUGGUGAUGAUGAAAAGCUCAUUGCUUCUGGAUCAACAAAGCAACCCGAAACCGACUGCCAAGUCUCAUGUUCCGGUGACAAGAACUUCUACUGUGGUGGCGGAAGCAGACUUUCCUAUUACAAAUGGACUGGGACUCCACUCUACACCUGGCACAAGCCAACUGGUCCCGCCGCUGGCAAGUAUGAAUUCCUCAUUGGCGGUGUCGUUAUACCUCUAAUCACCACAACUGGAAUUAAUAACAAGGUUGUCUUCAUGGAAAAGUCGGGUACUGGAGCGCCAAACACUACCGGGACAUAUGAGCUUGAUCUUACUUUCAUCAACGACAUGUCCAAAGCGUGGAGACCGCUGCACGUCAAAAGUGACAUCUUCUGUUCUGCGGGAGUUACUCUCCCCGAUAAGGCUGGAAGACAACUCAACAUCGGUGGAUGGGCUGGUCAAUCUACUUUCGGGGUCCGUCUCUACUGGCCUGAUGGAUCACCAGGUGUCCCGGGAGUCAACGAUUGGCAGGAAAACAACGCGGAGAUCAGCUUGCUUGCUGGACGCUGGUAUCCAUCCGCUAUGGUUAUGGCCAACGCCUCUAUUCUUGUCAUGGGUGGUGAAGUUGGUUCCAACUCGGCUCCCACGCCUUCUCUCGAGAUUCUUCCACUGCCCGCUGGAGGAUAUGAAAAGUAUCUUGACUGGCUUGAUCGCACUGAUCCCAACAACCUCUAUCCAUUCAUGUAUGUACUCCCAACAGGCGGUAUCUUUGUCGUUUACUAUAACGAGGCACGGAUUAUCGAUGAAGUUACAUUCGACACUAUCAAGGUCCUCCCCAACCUUCCAGGGUCCGUCAACAAUUUCCUUUCUGGCCGAACAUAUCCUCUUGAGGGUACCGGAGUCAUGCUUCCACUCCACGCGCCCUUCACUGAUCCAGUCACUGUCUUGGUAUGUGGUGGAUCUGCCAACGGCGCAGCUUAUGCCGUUGAUAACUGUGUUUCUGCGCAACCUGAAGUUGCAGCUCCAGAAUGGACUAUAGAGCGCAUGCCUUCUCAACGUGUCAUGCCCUGCAUCUGCGCUCUUCCUGAUGGAACCUUCCUGAUCCUCAAUGGUGCCCAAGAAGGUGUUGCUGGAUUCGGCCUUGCACAAGAUCCUAACUACAACGCCGUCCUCUACGAUCCGUCCCAACCGGUCAACUCUCGUAUGUCCAUCAUGCACACUACCAUCGUCGCACGUCUUUACCACUCCGAAGCUAUUCUGCUCCCAGAUGGCCGUGUCCUUGUGUCAGGCUCCAACCCCGAGGAUGGUACUCACCCAGAAGAAUAUCGCGUCGAAGUCUUCAAUCCUCCGUAUUCGCUCAAUGGCCUUCCCAAGCCAUCCUACACGAUCACCACAGCCAACAAGGACUGGGCAUACGGAUCCACUGCCAAAAUCACCGCAAAUAUUCCCUCAGGAAACCUUGGCAGCGUCCGCAUCUCUAUGAUGGCUGCCGUUUCCUCCACACACGGUAACUCCAUGGGUCAACGAACUCUGUUCCUCAAUGUCGGAUGUGUUGGUGCCGCCAACGCCGCCACCUGCACGAUCACUACUCCACCAACUGCCCAUGUCGCUCCCCCAGGAUGGUAUAUGAUCUUCGUUCUCGACGGACCUACACCUAGUAACUCCGAGUGGGUCCGUAUUGGUGGAAACAUCGCGGACGCAGCAGGUAUUGGAAACUGGCCCGCUAAGCCAGACUUCAAGUCACCUGGCUUGGGAGCUGUUGGAUCAUAG